GGAAAAACCGGAUGCUCUAAUUGUGACAGGCAGAAUUAGUAACCGUGUCCUGCCUCCAUCCACACCGAAAACACUCAGGUGAAGGCUCCAGAUACUACACAAACAUUUGGUCUACGGGUAAUUGCAAGUGAAUGAUUAGGACCAAUGGAGACUGAAGGAGUUUGUGAGAUUGAUGUGGCUACCAGGAGAAUAGUCGGAGGCAGCGAUUCUCCCCCAGACCUGGACAGUCCAUGUCAGGAGGAGGUUGCAGAGUUUGAUUUGGGGUUGUGCUGUGCUGAGGAGGAGAGGGGUGAGACACCCGGCAGAGAGGACAGUCCUAGCGACCUUGGGGAGGCAGAGCUUGACCCUGGAGGAGACCCCAAGACGGGAGAAGACCCGGCUUUUGGGAAGGAGGUUGUUCUUUUGAUGAAGGCUCUGAACUCGCUGGCCACACCUGAAGAGAAACUGGCUGCUUUGUGCAAGAAAUACGCUGACCUGUUGGAGGAGAGCCGCUGCAUGCAGAAGCGUCUGAAAGCCCUGCAGAAGAAGCAGUCUCAGAUUGUGAAGGAGAAGAUCCACCUGCAGGGGGAGCACAGCAAGGCUAUUCUGGCUCGUAGCAAGCUGGAGAGUCUCUGUAGGGAGCUGCAGAGACACAACAAGACAUUGAAGGAGGAAAAUGCCCAGCGGUCAAGGGAGUAUGAGGAGCAGCGGAAGGAGGCCAUGCUGCACUUCCAAAUGACCCUGAGUGAUAUUGAAGUGCAGAUGGAACAGCACAGCUCCCACAACACCAAGCUGAGGCAGGAGAACAUGGAGCUGGCAGAGAAGCUCAAAAAGCUCAUCGAGCAGUAUGAGCGCAGAGAGGAGCAUAUAGACAAGGUGUUCAAGCACAAGGAGCUGCAGCAGCAGCUGAUGGAUGCCAAGCUGCAGAGAAUCACUGAGAUGAUGAAGGAAGUAGAGGACAAGCAGCAAAGAGAGAGAGACUUUCUUCUGAAGGAUGCUACGGAGUCCAGACACAAGUGUGAGCUGAUGAAGGAGCAAGAAACGCAGCUCAAGCAACAGCUCUCUCUGUACAUGGACAAGUUUGAGGAGUUUCAGAGCACUCUGGCCAAAAGCAACGAGGUCUUCACCACUUUCAGACAAGAGAUGGAGAAGAUGACCAAGAAGAUCAAGAAGCUGGAGAAGGAAACAACACAAUGGAGGACCAAAUGGGAGAGUAACAACCAGGCCCUGCUGCAGAUGGCUGAGGAGAAAACCCUGCGUGAUGGCCACUUCAAGGCUCUGCAGGGGAAGCUGGAGCUGCUGGAGCGGCUGUGCAGAGCCCUGCAGAAGGAGAGGAACGACCUCAAUAACCGGCUCAGCCUCCUCCAGGAGCAGGGAGACAAAGGGACCACAGCAGCUCCUGAAGCCCCACCACGGGAGCAUCCAGCACGGGAGGAAGACGAGGAUGAGGAGGAAGAUGAAAAUGAGGAGGGCUUGGCGCAGGACAACGGGCUGGAGGCGGAGAGCAUCCACGAAUCUCCUAGACCACCUGAACUGGACCCAACACCAGCUGCUACUGACGAAACCACUACUGCUCCAAGUGCACCACCCAGCCAGCCUGCAGAAACACCACCCACACAACAGGACUGAGAAAGUCCGAGCGAGGGCUCCACACACCUCCAGCCUAGUUCCACAACUAGCCAGAAAAAUAGUCUUUGAUGGAGGUAGAGAUUUUUUCCUUUUUUCAUUUGAGACUUGUCUCUCUGGGUCUUUCCAUGUAACCUGAACCCAUAAGUCUCUGUGCGAUAGCUAAAGAAGAAUGUAAUACUUGUAUCCAAGACCUAUUCUAAAACUUUGCCCACAUUUACAUUGGUUGUUCUAAUUGGCUUUACGGUGAGCACUUUGUACUUCUGGUUUCUAUUUUAACUAUUUUCAUAAGGGAAUUCCAUGCAGUCAAAUCGGCUUUUAGUUUUUCUCUUCACGUGGUCUGCCCCCCUCUAUUGUGUUUGUCUUGAGAGUUAGUUUGAUACAUUCACAGUGGCUAUACUCAUGCAUAUUGUCCCAGGUCACUUUGAAUUAGUGCAGCCUUACAGCCUGACUGUGAUCUCAAGAGCUGGAGAAGGAGAGGAGAUGUUCUGUCGCUCCUGGGGCUCAUUUGAUCUGUUUUCACACCAUGUCAUGCCGUUUGUUGACUCUCAGACAGUGAUAAGAACUGACUUGGCUACAUGCCAACAUUGGCCUGAAACAUAGGCUCAACAAACCUCCUGGCUUGCUAAUUGCAUGUUAGCAAGCUAGCUAUUAUGUCUGUAGAUGGUAUCUGAGGAAAGUGUAAUAUUCUGUCUAAAAUAAUGAAGUCCAAAAUCUCCAUCAGACUGUCACUGCCUGGUUUCUACUUCUGCGUUGAAUCCUAGGUCUGCGUAGCCCCCGUACCUACACAGAGGCCUCUGCACGUAGCUGACAGGCACCUCCUCCAGAAUGAUAACUGCGCGUCAAAACGACGCGGACCGCAAGCACUGUGAUUGGUCCGCUCGUCCGCAUUGUAUUACCCGCAUUUAUAGCACUUCGGGAUCCCCACACAUCGGCCGUGUAUUUCAUGUCCUCGGACGUGUCCUCUCUAUUCUUCCCUCCAAUCAUUGCUGUGUGAUAAACAGCAACAUGUAUCCGCUAUGAAGGAACAGAAUCUGCUCUGAAUUGAUGUGAGGAAGUAAAGCGAGAACGUAGUGGGGGCGGAAACCGGCGACCUGACUAUCAGAGGGACCACACUGCCCUCCAGCAUUUCGGCAGAGUAUUGUUGCGAGACAUGGACUCAUCGGCCCAGAAGUAUGUGGUGCUCACGUCCGUGGUAGAAGUAUAAACCAGGCAGUUUAAUGACUGUCACUAGCAGGCACAGGCCUACCUGCAAACACCCCAUGAACAGGAAACCUUUGGUGCAUUCAGGAUACAAUGCAAACUGAAGCCAGAGGAUUUAGUGUAACCUGGUCCAUCACUAGUGAUUGACAUUGUUGGCAGUCCUCUUAGAUCAGUCAAUAUGAUGAGUGCUGAGUUCAAAGGUUAUCAAAGGCACCAGAGCUGCUUUCCUUCUGCUGUACUCCAGUUCUCAUUGGUCCAGCCAUGUAUCAUUUUGAAUGUGCACUUGAUUUAAAUUUUCAUCUCACAAUCCGUUUCGUCUUCAAUAAAGAGUCAUUAAAUUUCUGAGGUUGACAAGGUUAGCAGAGAAAAGCUGAGGUAGGGAGCAUCAGAAAACCAGAGCCAGGCAUCAGAACAGGAAGAAAAGCGAAUGUGAUGAGCUGUUUGAAUGAGUAAUGAUGUUAUAGUCUCCAUCAGCAGGAGCUUCGGUCACUGAUCAAGAGGAAACCAUCAGACCAACAGAACUGAUCAAGUGAAUACAGGACAUUUACUUCGAUCCAGAUCUGGAUCCUUUUUCACAUGGUGUGAUUGUUCCACUCUGUCUUCUCAAACACUCAUAUCUUCUCUUCUCAUUCGGUUGUUCUUAUUUGAGGCGUCUUUGACUUGCUCCUUCUCUCAUCCAGCUCAUAAUGCAGCUAUUGCUCUGCUGAAGGCUAAAUAUGAUGAUCACUGCGCUUAACGUUCGAUACCAUCUCCCUAAAUUGCUGCUUCAGCCUUCUUAUUGGGAUUCCCCGAGUUGUGUUGCUUUAAUAACAAGACUGAUCCAAGACCAUCAUCUUGCUGUCUUUUUCCCUCCUCUGAGAUCCAACAUUGCUCCCCAAAGUGGAGUGAAAGAGAAGGAGCAUGCUCCUGCAGCAGUGUACCUGCUGGCUCACCAGGCUGUAGCUGUUCUUUUGAACCCAUAGUUUCUUCAGAUGUUUCUUUUCAAGUUGGUAUGUACACCCAGCAGCUGCCUGGGACUAGUCAUCAGUCUGAUUUGAUGAAACUUCUCCUGUUCUAAAAUUCUCCAACAUUAGUUCACAUUGCUUCGAUUCAGAAGAAGUGGAUGAGAACCUGUACAGGGUCAGGUGCUGUGUGCAUUAUUUACUUUAAAGAGGAGCGCUCCCACCCUGAAGCUGAGGGAAGACACUUCAGCAUCUGUUCCUCUUUCUUUGGCGUUGCCCCAGAUUGACUCUCAGGUAAUGUCAGAAUCUACCUCUGCAGGAGAGACUAACUGUGAAAGAAGACGCACGAGUCACCAUAGCUUUGGAGAGCUUUAUUUUUACUAAAAAACAACAAAAACAGAUGAGCCCACAACCCCUCUUUGAUUGUACAAUGUUCUUAAAGUCCUGUCUUGCUUUUCAAUAAACAUUUUGUAGAAUUUGCAAA